AUGGAGAUUUCUCUAAGGUGGAUGGCCGGAGCCGUGUGGAGAGACAAAAGUAGAGAGAUGAGAGCAAUAUGGCUGGCAGCAAUGGAGCUGUCGUCGGCUAGGAGAGAGAGGAGAGGGAGAUCUCUGGUAUUUUUGCAGGGUUUCAGAGCUAGGUUUAGAGUUACCUUGAAUGAUGAAUGA